GAAAACAAGACCUGCUUUGAGUUGAUAACUUUCAAAAUGUUUUCAAUCGUCUUUAUGAACGCAGUAUUUGUAUUUCUGAGUCUUGUUUCCCAAGCAGAUGGUUCUUGUUUUGCGUCACAGGCAGGUCCAGGAAUAAAAGAUUGUACUGCACCAAAUGGAGCCCAUGUAGGAAAUGGUAAAAAUUAUGAAUCUUAUGACGAGUGUAUCAGCUGUGAUUGUGACAACGGCUACCUAAAUUGUUGUCAAAUGGGAAUGACUUUGUCGGGUCUCCAUCCAGACUGCAAGGCUGUUGCAGAUGGUCCAUGCUUUGAGAAGGCUGUACUGAAGAACAAUGAAAACAAACCAUGCCCGCAUAGAUAUGGAGGAACUGGUCGUUAAAGUUAAAAAAUAAAAUUGAUAUGA